ACUGGAUCAGUCAAUGGAAUGGGCGAUUCUUUGAGCGGAGUUGUCUCGCUCAUGUGGGACUCAUUAUACACCUUGGCCAUGAUGGCAAACAAUGUCCGGAGGUCACUGAUCGGUGGAAUUUGUUUGAAGAAGAUGAACCUGAAGACCUGCUCGAGCCUGAAGAUCUGCCAUUUGUGUCCGGACCCGAGUUCCAGCCAAAGGAAAACACCAUGGUCAUUGUAGACAAGUCCGGAGUUCAUCGCCUGGAGAUUCGAUGUUGUGAAUGUCCGAAUGCCAUGAGUCCGGACAUUCAAAUGUUUCAACACGGAUUUUUCCCUGCAUCUUUCAACAGGCCAAAGACUGUGUUCACCUUCAGAGUGCUCAAUGAUUUUCUACUGGACAGCCUUGAAUGCGGCACCUCGGCGAUGAACUAUUACAGCAAGCUCCGGCGAAUGACCUCCAGCAUGUUUCCACACCUUGUUCCGGACCGAUACAGAGAGCUCAUGAGGGUCGCUCGACAGUGGAGGCAGUUGAAGACAAUGAAAUGGCAUGGCUUUGGCCAUCGUUCUGAUAACCCGAGCACAGGAGAACUCGCAUUAUUUUGCCCGGCGUGUCCUCAGCCAGGGAUUAAUGUGCUGUUGUCAGAGGAUGAAUCGCUUGAUGACUGGAAAUACACCCGGUCAUUUGUGAUGGACGGAAAUUUCAAAGCCGAACAUCUGCAUCCCAUUAAGCCAUUCGAUGAAGUUUGGCUAUCCGAUGGGCUUGGAUUCAUGGUAGGAAAGGACCGGUAUAAAAUGCAUCUGGCAGAGGCUGCUGACACGGUGGAAAAAUCAAGCUGCAACAACCACCGGGCAGUAAAUCAAGCUAAUGCUGCUCGGCACAAGCUGGAGUCCACCGGUAUCGGGGGGAGUUGCCUACAAAUGAACAUGGACUACGCCCUUUGCGAGGCUUCCCGGCACAACAUGGAAGGCAUCACCAGGGCUGUCACCUUCUAUGAUAUUAAUUGUCAAUACAACAAACACUUUCGGGUUCGGGUGGAUCGAAGUCGAUUUCUAGACAUGGCACCACAACUAACCAUCAUUCCGGAAUUGGGUUUGUGGCACAUUCAUGGCCAUCAGGACAGCUGCUAUGUCCGAUAUGCUUCUAACUUUAUUGAAGGCAUUGGUCGGAUCGACGGAGGAGAUCAUGGAGACGCUAUGGGCACGGCUCAAUCUGAUUUCCCCUGCUGCUCGGGGAAUGAAUGCCUUGAUUAUCAGAUGAAUGACUCCAAUUUCUGCAAGAUGAUUCGCAUGAAAAGGACUCUAUGCCGGAAAUACAAGCUGGCGAGGAAUGGCAUCUCGGAAAGUGGAAAGGCAUUCGACAGACUCGAUGAAGCAGCACCCUCACAUUUGAAGACAGAAUGGUUAGCCAGGGAGAGGAUAGCUCAGUCAAGCAGAUUGAAUGAUCCUGCGGCGAUGGAUGAAUAUGAGAUCAAUAUAAAAAGGGUCGGAAUUAAUAUUGCACUCAGCACCAGCAAAAAGGAGAUCGAGCUUAGAUUAUUAGAGGAGGGUAACGCCCGCAAUGCGCACCCUCUCGCAGAUCUGUGGCGACCAAUUGAAGAGGCUCAGAUUGCAUUGCUCAUCGAGGUCCGAAGGAUCGGAAGAAGAUCCACUGAGACACAGAGAUUAGACAUUGCCCGUCAACGCGAUCGGCUCCAAGGCCAGAUAGAUGGAUUUGCUCGGUCUGCUCUAACACAUCUCGGGGAGGGAUUUGAUGCAGAUGAUGAACCUGAGGACUUGAACGUAGACAUUCUAGAUGAUCUCGAUGAUGACCCGGCGGAUUUCACAGAGACAUCUCAUACAUGGACAAACUCUCCCGAGCUCACUGUAAUCCCGUUGCCAUCAAACCUGGGUGUUGAUAGAUGCAGACGAUGCAUGGCAGAGGAUCUGAUUCCCCUGGAGAUGUCUCUUCGUGAAGGGCAGGCCAAUGAUGCCCUUCACAAUCUCCGCAUUUACCUUUGCAACAAGGCCAUCCUGUUCCGAACAACCGUUCGGCAGGCCAAAUCCCAGGCCCUGAAAACUCGAGCUUGGUCCCAGGUGACGUCGGUGCAGCAGGCAGUCUCCCUCCAUGCCAGCAUAUAUACAAAGACCAGGAAGCAAAUGAUGAAACUUGAGCCGGGGCAAGACCAGCUUCAGAAAUACAAACCCCUGCUUCGCGAGCAACUCAAAAUCAGCACUGCAGUGGGCGACCCAAAUGCCCGAGGUCAACGAAAUGAAUCUUUGGCUUGGUUUUGGUCUGUUGAAGUCGACCUCGGGGGUCCUGAUCAAUCGUGGAAUGAGGAAUGUGAGUUCCUGCUUGCAUGUCAUAUCCCACGGUUACCUGACUGGACCCAUGCCAAGUUUACCGAGUCCAUUGGCUGCGGGCAAAGGCACUACGAGAUCGAUGGAGGGAAGAAAUGAUAUUGGUCAAAUUGGAGAUGGAUUGGACAUGUAAGUUCUUUUUGUGGAAAGCAACCCAAUGGGGCGACCACAUGCAGGAAUCAUUGGAGAAACGCCUUCCGGGUCACGGAUGCUAUGCCGGAAGGCAAUCGCGAAUGUAUUCAUUGCUCGCACAGGAUGCGCAGGCAGCUUUUCAAGACCUACAAAAUGUGUUGAUAGAGGCUGGAGAUGAAUGAACA